AUGUGGAAAAAUCGUAUAAUCAGUUCUAAUUACCGUCUGAAUAGUAUCUUCUGCCGUCGAUACUACAAUAUACUGGCAAUAGAGACGUCCUGUGAUGAUACUAGUAUAGCUUAUCUCCAGACGGAGAACUCAAUGGGGAGGAGUAAGGUAGUGAAGCACGUGAAAAGCACAUUGGACAGCGUCCAAACUGGAGGCAUUAUACCUACAGAUGCUGUCAGCCACCACCAGGAACAACUUGGAAAACUACUGAGAACACAUUUUAGCAGGGCUCAAAUUCAAAAUACUAAUGUAAUAUGUGUCACAAGGGGCCCAGGCAUGGUCGGAUCUCUUUCUGUUGGCCUAAGCUUUGCAAAAGGAUUGAGUGCAGGAAUUGGAUGCAAAUUAUUAGGAGUUCACCAUAUGCUGGGUCACUUAUUGGUACCUAGGCUCAGUCAGGAGAUAGAAUUUCCGUUCAUUAGUCUGCUGGUUAGCGGAGGUCAUUCUAUUCUAGUUAGUUCAAAAUCUGUGUUAGAACAUGAGAUUCUCUGCGAAAGUAUAGAUAUUGCUGCUGGAGAUGCAUUGGACAAAUGUGGUAGGGAAAUUGGGCUGCGUGGAAAUAUGAUUGGAAAAGAAUUAGAGAGUUUCGUAGGUAACCCUAAUCAGCAUCAACCGAUUCAUUAUUUAUCAAAUCCUCUGACCAAGCACAAUAACUGGAAAACACAGGCCUUUUCAUUUGCGCCAUUUAUUACAAAUGUGAAGAACUUGAUGACUGACGCUAAGAGUGAGGACCUUCCUUUCUUGAAAAGAGUGGCUAAUGAAAUCCAAGAGUCAAUAUUUGAACAUAUAGUUACCAAGAUUGAACAUGUCAUCCAACUGAACCCAGAAAAAUUCAGUAAUAAGAUGAAUUUUGUAUGUUCAGGAGGAGUUAGUUGUAAUAACAGAUUGAGACAAAUGCUACAGGAUCGUUUAGCCUCACAUUUUUCUGCCUUUUAUUUUCCAGAAUCAAUGGAUCUUUGUACUGAUAAUGCCGUUAUGAUAGGACAUGCAGGAAUUGAAGUCAUCGAAUGCUUUAAGAGAGAAAAGAAUAUGAUGAUUGAGAAUGAAAUGGAUAUUUUACCCAUUCGUAAUUGGCCAUUGACUGAUUUAAUCGGACUGUCCGGCUGGAAAUCAACUUGUAAAUAA